UUUUUUGUCGUUUGCUUAGAUAUUUUGUUAGGAACUUUGUGUUAGAGAGGGACGACUCAGAAUCCCAAAUAAAAUAAAAAGCAAAGCAAAGGGAGAAGAAAGCAGGGAGCAAUGGCGGACCAGCUGACAGACGAGCAGAUAUCCGAAUUCAAGGAAGCCUUUAGCCUCUUCCUCCCACAUUUCUUCUAUUUCUCUGAUCCCUAAUUGCUGGGAUCGAUUGUAGAACGUUGCAUCACUACCAAAGAGCUGGGAACAGUUAUGCGUUCUCUGGGACAAAACCCAACCGAGGCUGAGCUCCAGGACAUGAUCAACGAGGUUGACGCCGAUGGAAACGGAACCAUCGACUUCCCCGAGUUCCUGAACCUGAUGGCUAAGAAGAUGAAGGACACUGACUCAGAGGAAGAGCUCAAAGAAGCAUUCAGGGUUUUCGACAAAGACCAGAACGGUUUCAUCUCCGCUGCUGAGCUGCGCCAUGUUAUGACCAAUCUCGGUGAGAAGCUGACUGAUGAGGAAGUCGAGGAGAUGGUCCGUGAGGCUGAUGUUGAUGGAGAUGGUCAGAUAAACUAUGAGGAGUUUGUCAAGAUUAUGAUGGCUAAGUGAUGGAUGAUGAUGAUGACCUUUUUUCUAAUGCCUCUUAGGACAUUUGCAUGAUUGGUUUAGAUAUUGGGUAUAAUAAAUAGACAGAGAGAGAUUUGAGGCAGAACAAUAUUUGCUCUUUGGUUUAUGAUUUUAUGGUAUGGAAAACAAUUAUAUUGGUUUGAGAAA